AGCCCACCACCCUAUCCAACUCCAUUAUGUCUGUGAAGCAAUUGUGCUACAUCGGUUUCCAUGUUCCUGAGAAACAGCAGUUGGCCAAGAACCUAGUACAAAAGUUUGGGUUUGAACUGUUUGCUGCACGGAUGACAGCACGGACCAAGCAGCUGGUUUUAAGAAGAGGAACUGCUGUCUUUGUUGUCAAUGAGAGACUGAACGCAGCAAGAGACGUUCCAUUUACAUUCUCUUCUGGUCCUUGCAAAGAUCAAGGAAUCCUGUAUGAUGUCGAUCUGCAGUAUGGAGUCAGUACAGCUUCUAACAUUUGUUUUGAAAUGGAGAAUGUACCUGGCAUCUCUCAGAGCCUUCAGAAGCAAGGUUGCCAGAUCCUUAUCCCUCCUACUAACAUAACAGAUGAGUGUGGUUGCGUCACUUAUGCAGUGGUGAGGUCCAUUGUGGGCAACAUCAGUCACACUCUGCUUGACCGAUCACGAUAUUGUGGACCUUUUCUGCCUGGCUUUUGUGGAGUAGAGUGCGCCUCGGAAAACUUUAGUGGAGUCAGGGAGGUUACACAUUUUGACCACAUCACCUAUGCUUGUCUCCCAGGUAGUUCUCAAGCAGUACUGGAUUGGUACAAGAACUGUUUUGGUUUCCAGCGCUUCUUUGUCCACCAACAAGAUGGUGCUGCUGAAGGUUAUAGUAUUCAGGGAGCUGGCAUGGGCCUUCGUCUUACUGCCAUGCAUUACAAUGAGAGUGCCUUGACUCAGUUAGAUUGUGACUGUAAGCUUGUUCUCGCUGAGUCAUUGCCACAACAAAGGAAGAAUCAGGUAGAUACUUUCUUAGAGCAGCAUGGUGGGGCUGGCAUCCAACAUGUGGCACUUUACACCACUGAUAUCAUAAGAACUGCUGCAGCCAUGGCAAAGUCUGGUGCAAGCUUUGUAGAACCUCCCUUAACCUACUACAGUGAGAAAGGGAGAGAGAAAGAGAUACAGCAAGUUGGGCAUGAUCCUCAUCUUCUGGAACACUAUGGCAUCCUUCUGGAUUCUGAGGUAGCUGGGGAAGGAGGCAACAUCAGCCCUAGCUUUCAUGGUAAACAAUACUUGAUGCAGAUAUUCACUAAACCUCUCUUUGCAGAGAACACAUUCUUCCUAGAGCUCAUAGAACGGUGUGGGGCUGUAGGUUUUGGUGAAAGAAACAUCCGUGCUCUCUGGAAAGCAGUGCAGAACUACAUGGACAAGCAAUAGAGACUUCAAUUUCCUCUCAAGAAUGAACAUUAAUAAUAAUAAAGUGCAGUCAAGUCACAAUCAACUUAGGGCAACCCCUCAUUGGGCUUUCCAAGGCAAGAGAUGAGCAGAGGUGAUUUGCCAUUGUUGCCUUCCUCUGUGUAGCAACCUUGGUUUUUUGGUAUUCUCUCAUCCAAGUUCUAACCAUGGUCCAUUCUGUUUAGCUUCCAGGCUCUGGCAAACCCAAGCUAGUCUGUUCGGGCAGUUACAAGAAUGAACAAAUUCAGUUUUGGGGCCUAAUUGUUGGGCUGCCCAUCUUUGUGAUGUGGGUGCUGCUACAAACUCGCUGUGGUUGGUUUUUGUACCACAUCAAUAUGUAUAGAAGUUCUAAUUAAUGCAUCUGCAGCAGAGCCACUUAUAGUGGUGUAGAAAGUAUAAGUGAGGGCCCAUAAAAUUUGUGGGGGGGGACACUCUUGAUGAGCUCAGUGUGCUCAGGCUCUUCAGCAGCUGUAGCUGGAUCGAGCAUGGAGCUCUGGGUGCCACUGUCAGGCCCAGCCCAGCUUCUGGGCUUCAGUGGCAGCCUGCCCGGCACAGCUCUCAGGCUGUGCUGGCAGCAGCAUGCCUAGCAUUUCUCCUAGGCUGUGUAGUCCCUGUCAAGCCCAGCACUACUCUCAGGCUGUGGGACCACUGCCACUGGGCUCAGUGUGGAGCCCCAGGCUGUGCAGCCACUGAUCACCUGAGACAAGUGCAAAGAACACUACUUUAUUUUUCAGGGGAUUUAACACCCCCCCCCCCCCCCGGUAUAUUUUCUUCUCCUGAUUUUUUUGCAAACCUAGGGAGUUUCUGUGAACAGCUGCCUCCGUUUCCAGGCAUGGAUCUGUUGUAAUGAGUCUUUGCCACAUAAUGUAUUGAAUUAGGCUUUCAGGUUGCUAGUCAAUGGAAUGCCAGGAGGGGCACUAACAUGUUGGGCCUUGGUUCAAGGAAGAUUAACAAAUCAUUUGACCAAACCUCGCUGUGUUGAUGAACCAAUUCACUUUUAUGGAGGCUGAUACAACUGAAUAACUGACACUGGUGUAAUCUCUGUAUGAAAUCAUUAAAAGUUUAUUAGCAUGACUGGAAAUAAAGAAGAACAUUGCAAGCUCUAAAAA